CCGCUUCUGUUCCCGGCGGCCGCGGCGCCAUGGACGAGGCCGUGGGCGACCUGAAGCAGGCGCUGCCCUGCGUGGCCGAGGCGCCGACCGUCCAUGUGGAGGUGCACCAGCGGAGCGGCAGUACCGCAAAAAAAGAAGAUAUAAAGCUGAGUGUUAGAAAGCUACUCAACAGACAUAAUAUUGUGUUUGGUGAUUACACAUGGACUGAGUUUGAUGAACCUUUUCUGACCAGAAACGUGCAGUCUGUGUCUAUUGUUGACACAGAAUUAAAGGUUAAAGACCCACAGCCCAUUGAUUUGAGCACAUGCACUAUUGCACUUCACAUCUUUCAGCUGAAUGAAGAUGGCCCCAGCAGUGAAAACUUGGAGGAAGAGACAGAGAAUAUAAUCGCAGCAAAUCAUUGGGUUCUGCCCGCAGCUGAAUUCCAUGGGCUUUGGGACAGCCUGGUGUAUGAUGUGGAAGUCAAAUCUCACCUCCUCGAUUAUGUGAUGACAACUUUAUUGUUUUCAGACAAGAACGUCGACAGCAAUCUCAUCACCUGGAACCGAGUGGUGCUGCUUCAUGGUCCUCCAGGCACUGGAAAAACAUCCCUAUGUAAAGCAUUAGCCCAGAAAUUGACCAUUAGACUUUCUAACAGGUACCAGUAUGGCCAAUUAAUUGAAAUAAACAGCCACAGCCUCUUUUCUAAGUGGUUUUCUGAAAGUGGCAAGCUGGUAACUAAGAUGUUCCAGAAGAUUCAGGAUCUAAUUGACGAUAAAGAUGCUCUGGUGUUUGUGCUGAUUGAUGAGGUAGAGAGCCUUACAGCCGCCCGCAAUGCCUGCAGGGCAGGCGCCGAGCCUUCCGAUGCCAUCCGCGUGGUCAACGCCGUCCUGACCCAGAUCGAUCAGAUUAAAAGGCACUCCAACGUGGUGAUUCUGACGACCUCCAACAUCACAGAGAGGAUCGACGUGGCCUUCGUGGAUAGGGCUGACAUCAGGCAGUACAUCGGGCCACCCUCUGCGGCAGCCAUCUUCAAAAUCUACCUCUCCUGUUUGGAAGAACUGAUGAAGUGUCAGAUCAUAUACCCUCGCCAGCAGCUGCUGACCCUCCGUGAGCUAGAGAUGAUUGGCUUCAUUGAAAACAACGUGUCAAAGUUGAGCCUGCUUUUGAGUGAAAUUUCAAGGAAGAGCGAGGGCCUCAGUGGCCGCGUCCUGAGAAAACUCCCUUUUCUGGCUCAUGCGCUAUAUGUCCAGGCCCCCACCGUCACCAUAGAGGGAUUCCUCCAGGCCCUGUCUCUGGCAGUGGACAAGCAAUUUGAGGAGAGAAAGAAGCUUUCGACCUCUGUUUGAUCUGGGCUUCCUCACCUGCGCUUUUCUAAUUGUGAACCCAC